CCUUUUUUUCUACUCGGCCACGGGCCACCCACGAGUUCAGUACUCGUUCAGAGACCACUCGCAAAACCCCCGUCUCCGGUCUCCCACUCUCCCUCGCCUCGUUCCGCUCCCGUCCCCAACUCCUGCAUCGGCUGGGCUCUCGCCACCGCAGCACCGCCCCGCCGCUCGCCGACCACGCCUCCCGCCGCCGCAGAGCUCCAGCUCUCACUCACUGCUCUCGCAGGCGUCCUCUUCCUUCCGCUUCCGCUUCUGCUGGAGACGGUAUCCGUCUGGACCUGGAGGACUGGACUGGGCUCUCCUUUCGCUGGUCAUAUGGUGCCAUCGGAACCACAGACUGUAGUUGAGAACAAGCAUUCCACAAGUGUGGGUGCCGAAGAGCUUCUUUUGACAAAAGAUGAAAGCACAUCUACCACUGUCGUCCAAGGUGCAGGCUCCUUAAUGUCACCAAAAGGUGUUCAAGAGGAAGCUAGCUUUAUGGGUAAGGGUAAAGGUGGAGAACAACAGUUGGGCUACCAGCCCAAUGUGUAUGUUUCUCAGCCACACACACCCUUUUCUGGAGGAUACUCGAACCAUUUGGAUCAAUGGGAGGGAUACCCAUAUGCUGUGAGUGCAGAGGGACUUGAUGCUGCAUACCCUGUGACGUAUGGAGCUUAUUCCCCUUUGUCAGCCAUUGGAGAUAGCCAUACAUAUUUCUCUUUGCUCUGCCCCUUGUCAAGGCCUUGCUACCAGCCACCUGCUUCUCCAAACAUGAGAUAUUCAAGUCCUGGUACUGGAAUAUCUCAAUUUUAUCCUAUGCACCAGUAUUACAGUCCUGACGAAGUUCAUUACUCAGUGACUCCUAGCUUCUAUCAGCCUUUUGGUUCUUUUAACGGAGUUCCAAUGCAACCGAGUAGUUUUCCUGGAUUUUUUGGGCAAGGAAACAUACCCCUGACUUCUAGAAUGGAGUCCAUGUCUAAUUCUGGAUCACACAAGGCAUUCCAGCAAGGUGGUAAAUUUGGAGGCAGUACACAAAGUUGGAGCACUGCUAGUUGCAAAUUCGGUACCUUCAAGGAUGAGAAGUGCUCUCCUGACUUUCUGAAUGAGCAAUGCCGUGGCCCAAGGGCCACCAAAACAAGGAAAGAAGUGGGGAGCUCUUCAACCGAAGACAAAAAUAAGAAUGUCUUGCCAAUAGCUGAUUCUGAUAAAUACAACCACCCUGGUUUUGUGACUGAGUACAAGGAUGCCAGAUUUUAUGUAAUAAAAUCCUACACUGAAGAUCACAUUCACAAGAGCAUAAAGUAUAAUGUUUGGGCCAGCACUCCCAGAGGGAACAGAAAGUUAAAUGCUGGUUAUCAUGAGGCAAAAGCGAAGGAAGAUCAUUGUCCUAUUUUCUUGUUUUUCUCGGUUAAUAGCAGCGGUCAUUUCUGCGGUGUGGCUGAGAUGAUUGGACCUGUCAAUUUUGACAAGAGUGUUGAUUACUGGCAGAAUGAAAGAUGGAAUGGCCAAUUCCCUGUCAAAUGGCACAUUGUUAAGGAUGUCCCAAACAACAUUGUCCGGCACAUCAUCCUAGAGAACAAUGAGAACAAGCGAGUUACAAAUAGCAGGGACACGCAGGAGGUGAAACUGAAGCAGGGUCUCCAGAUGUUAGCCAUCUUCAAGAACCAUGAAGCCCAGACAAACAUCCUUGAGGACUUCGACUUCUAUGAGCAACGAGAGAAAGCUAUGCUAGAUGACAGGCAACAACAGAAGCCAGAGUGUUCCGAUACUGGCAAGCAGGUGCAGGCCAGUGCACCGGUGGAUAUUGUGACUGGUAUGUCGGACGCAUUUGCACAGGCAGUUCAAUUGGAAAAAACCAAUGACAAAGAAAAUAAACCAAGGAUUGAAGAUGCUGAUGCUGCUGAUAAUGCUCCCGCUGCUCCUGUGAAGAUCGAAGAGGACAUGCUGAAAACAGCGGAAGUGGGAGGCCUCUUGAAGGAAAGCGGGUGAUUGCUCGUUCUCCAUUCAUGACUAAUCCAGAGCAGCAGCUGGGCCCAUUUCUGAAGCCAUUUCAGGGAUGAGAGAAUAAGAGUUAUGCAAAUAUUUGCAGCCACAGGUUCAAAGCAGCCUCUCCGCAUUUGUUGCUCAGACCUCUUAUGUGGAGUCUGACACUGGGCCCUUUUGUACAGCAUGGUAGGCUAGAGACAUAGGCUUUGUUUUACCUUCAGUUAGCUUUGUUUUUUACCUUCAGUUAAACAGACUACAGCUAGUUACAGAGAUUCCUAAAUUGUCACCGUUUUCCUCCGCUCACUGCUUUGUUAACUUUUUUUCCACUGACCCCCUGAAGAAUUGUGCUCAAUGUAGCCAAUUAGCCAGGAAAAAAAAGAAAAAUACUAUUUUCUAU